AGACAGGGACAGACAGGGACAGGGACAGACACAGACACAGACACAGACAGACAGACACAGACAGACAGGGACAGACAUGGACAGACAGGCACAGACACAGACAGAUAGGGACAGACAUGGACAGACACGGACAUACAGGGACAGACACAGACACGGACAGACAAGGACAGACAGGGACAGACACGGACAAACAGGGACAGACACAGACAGGGACAGACACAGGACAGACACGGACAGACAGGGACAGACAGGGACAGACACAGACACGGACAGACAAGGACAGACAGACACAGACACAGACACAGACACGGACAGACAGGGACAGACAGGGACAGACACGGGCAACCAGCGACAGAUAGGGACAGACACGGACACAGACAGGGACAGACACAGACACAGACACGGACAGACAGGGACAGACAGGGACAGACACAGACACAGACAGGGACAGACACAGACAGACAGCGACAGACAGACAGACAGGGACAGACAUGGACAGACAGCGACAGACAUGGACAGACAGCGACAGACAUGGACAGACACGGACAGACACAAACAGACACGGACAGACAGGGACAGACAUGGACAUACAGGGACAGACACGGACAGACACAGACAGACAGGCACAGACACGGACAGACAUGGACAGACAGGCACAGACACAGACAGAUAGGGACAGACAUGGACAGACACGGACAUACAGGGACAGACACAGACAGACAGGCACAGACACGGACAGACAGGGACAGACACAGACAGACAGCGACAGACAGACAGACAGGGACAGACAUGGACAGACAGGGACAGACAUGGACAGACACGGACAGACACAAACAGACACGGACAGACAGGGACAGACACAGACAGACACGGACAGACAGGGACAGAAUGGGACAGACACGGACAGACACAGACAGACAUGGACAUACAGGGACAGACACAGACAGGCAGGGACAGACAGACACAGACACAGACAGACAGGGACAGACAUGGACAUACAGGGACAGACACAGACAGACACAGACAGACAGGCACAGACACAGACAGAUAGGGACAGACAUGGACAGACACAGACAGACAGGGACAGACACGGACAGACAUGGACAGACACAGACAGACAGCGACAGACAGACAGACAGGGACAGACAUGGACAGACACGGACAGACACAAACAGACACGGACAGACAGGGACAGACACAGACAGACACGGACAGACACAGACAGACAGCGACAGACAGACAGGGACAGACAUGGACAGACACGGACAGACACGGACAGACAUGGACAGACACGGACAGACAUGGACAGACAUGGACAGACAUGGACAGACAUGGACAGACACGGACAGACAUGGACAGACACAGACAGACAUGUCACUGUGGGUUAUUGAUUCAUGUCAACAGUCUACAACCCUCAGUCCAAAAGAACUCUUCAGACGCUGUGUUAAAAACAGAACCAACCAUUUCAGUCAUUGUUAUUCAGUUCAAUCCAGUCCAGAGACGAGACGUUCAAACUGAUAAAACUUUAUUGUUCUGUUGUAAACAUGAACAUUAACUGUCUCUGGAUUGAAUAAAGGUCAUUUACAGAUCAUUACAUUCUGGUUUUAUUUGGGGUUUAAACAGCGUCCGGACUUUUUUGGGACGGAGGUUGUAAAGAAACUUGAGUGAUAGUUCAUCCAGCAGGACGUGUCAGGUAUGAAGUGUGACCUGCUGUUACAUGUCCUUGCCAACAUGCAUCACAACAUCAGCAGCAAACCUUCAACACGUCGCUGAAUUCAGUUUCGAUUCAGCGACACAUCAAGACAAACAUCCUCCUGACAGACGACCAAACUGACGGACACAUCCACAGCCAGCCUGGUAGCCGAAGCAUGGGAUGGCUUUGCGGACGUCAAGGAGUUAGCAGCACAACAUGCUCAUGGACAGUUUCAGUAGAAGCACGGUAUGGAGAAGGACUAGCCAACAACAGCACAUGGAGCUAAGAGGAGGCAGAUGAACCAUGGCUGACGUGAUCUGCAGCUGUGGGGUCGAGGUUGCCACUGAAACACUCGGCUGGUGGUUUAGGUUGCGUGUUGCAUUAUGUCACUAUAACACAUGUACACAUGGAUGGACAUGACCAAGUUACAGUUACAGGUCUGGACUCAGACUGUGUCUAUAGGUGGACAUACGAGGUGUCAGUGUUAAUGAAUAUAAACCUUUGUUCGGCCUGUUUAGAGGAUACGUUUGGUGUUUCUCUACCUGGAGCCUGUUUUCUCCUGUCGGUGUCUCAGUGACUGGUGAGAGCUACAGACUGAGAGGGUCGCAGCUGUAACCACUAUGUGCAUCCACUAACAGAGUUUGUUUCUGUCCCUGACAGGAUUGAUUGUUAUUCUGAGUGUGUGACAUCAUGAUUAAAGGAUCCCUGCAGAGAUAGAGCUUUGUGUUAAACAGGAAGAUCCUUUUUGUUUAACAAGACACAGCCCUGAAAUAACUGUCACCAAACCUACCAGACUACAAUUAAAAAAACACUCACGUUAGCCUGUACAGAGGCAGCAUGUUGUCACAUCUAAUGGGUUUAUGUGACUGGAGUGUCUUUGUGAUGACAUCAUGUUUGCAGGAAACUGAGACGAUCACAGUUACAGUCAUAAAGUUGGUACUGUAAGAUCUGUUGGAUAAUGGUUGGAUGAUGGUGGGAUGAUGGUGGGAUGAUGGGGGAUGAUGGUGGCAUGAUGGUUGGAUGAUGGUGGGAUGAUGGUGGGAUGAUGGGGGAUAAUGGUGGGAUGAUGGGGGAUGAUGGUGGGAUGAUGGUGGAAUGAUGGGGAUGAUGGUGGGAUGAUGGUGGGAUGAUGGUGGGAUGAUGGUGGAAUGAUGGUGGCAUGAUGGGGAUGAUGGUGGGAUGAUGGUGGCAUGAUGGUGGCAUGAUGGUGGGAUGAUGGGGGAUGAUGGUGGGAUGAUGGUGAGAUGAUGGGGGAUGAUGUUGGCAUGAUGGUGGGAUGAUGGUGGGAUGAUGGUGGCAUGAUGGUGGGAUGAUGGUGGGAUGAUGGUGGCAUGAUGGUGGAAUGAUGGUGGCAUGAUGGGGAUGAUGGUGGGAUGAUGGUGGGAUGAUGGGGUGAUGGUGGGAUGAUGGGGAUGAUGGUGGGAUGAUGGUGGGAUGAUGGUGGGAUGAUGGUGAGAUGAUGGGGGAUGAUGUUGGCAUGAUGGUGGGAUGAUGGUGGGAUGAUGGUGGCAUGAUGGUGGGAUGAUGGUGGGAUGAUGGUGGGAUGAUGGUGGCAUGAUGGUGGGAUGAUGGUGGGAUGAUGGGGUGAUGGUGGGAUGAUGGGGAUGAUGGGGAUGAUGGUGGGAUGAUGGUGGGAUGAUGGUGGGAUGAUGGUGGGAUGAUGGUGAGAUGAUGGGGGAUGAUGUUGGCAUGAUGGUGGGAUGAUGGUGGGAUGAUGGUGGGAUGAUGGUGGCAUGAUGGUGGAAUGAUGGUGGCAUGAUGGGGAUGAUGGUGGGAUGAUGGUGGGAUGAUGGGGUGAUGGUGGGAUGAUGGGGAUGAUGGGGAUGAUGGUGGGAUGAUGGUGAGAUGAUGGGGGAUGAUGGUGGGAUGAUGGUGGGAUGAUGGUGGGAUGAUGGUGGGAUGAUGGUGAGAUGAUGGGGGAUGAUGUUGGCAUGAUGGUGGGAUGAUGGUGGGAUGAUGGUGGGAUGAUGGUGGCAUGAUGGUGGAAUGAUGGUGGCAUGAUGGGGAUGAUGGUGGGAUGAUGGUGGGAUGAUGGGGAUGAUGGGGAUGAUGGUGGGAUGAUGGUGAGAUGAUGGGGGAUGAUGGUGGGAUGAUGGUGGGAUGAUGGUGGCAUGAUGGUGGAAUGAUGGUGGCAUGAUGGGGAUGAUGGUGGGAUGAUGGUGGGAUGAUGGGGUGAUGGUGGGAUGAUGGGGAUGAUGGGGAUGAUGGUGGGAUGAUGGUGGGAUGAUGGUGAGAUGAUGGGGGAUGAUGUUGGCAUGAUGGUGGGAUGAUGGUGGCAUGAUGGUGGGAUGAUGGUGGGAUGAUGGUGGGAUGAUGGUGAGAUGAUGGGGGAUGAUGGUGGGAUGAUGGUGGGAUGAUGGUGGAAUGAUGGUGGAAUGAUGGUGGGAUGAUGUUGGCAUGAUGGUGGGAUGAUGGUGGAAUGAUGGUGGGAUGAUGGUGGGAUGAUGGGGGAUAAUGGUGGGAUGAUGGUGGGAUGAUGGUGGGAUGAUGGUGGAAUGAUGGUGGGAUGAUGGUGGGAUGAUGGUGGAAUGAUGGUGGAAUGAUAGGGGAUAAAGGUGGGAUGAUGGGGGAUGAUGGUGGGAUGAUGGUGGGAUGAUGGUGGGAUGAUGGUGGGAUGA